AUGAAAUUCGGGAAGGAUUUGGUAACAGGCGUAGACAGGUACUUGACAUCGUGGAAAAGUACGGAUGAUCCUUCUCCAGGUCUGUAUGUAAGUUGGAUGGAUACGAAUGGAUAUCCACAAGCGUUUCAAAAGCGAGGUUCGGUUUUACAAUUGAGGUUUGGACCGUGGACUGGUGUACGAUUUAGCGGUUUUCCCAGUAAGCCAAAUCCUAUCUACACGUAUGAUUUUGUCUUCAAUGAAAAGGAGGUAUAUAGUAUAUUUCAUCUUAUUAAUAACUCAAUUAUGUCGAGGGUGUAUCUAAGUCCAGAAGGCAACGAAAUGCGCUUGAACUGGAUUGAUCCCGCACAAGGUUGGAUGCCGUAUCUGGUCACAACGGUUGAUAUGUGUGCCCAAUAUGGACUCUGUGGUGCAUAUGGAAUCUGUAACAUCAACAGUUCUCCUGCAUGCAGUUGUAUGGAAGGGUUUGAACCAAGAUUUCCAGUGCAAUGGAAUGCAGGAAACUGGUCAGGUGGCUGUCAACGUGAAAAAUCGUUAAAUUGUGGGAAUGAGGAUGCGUUUCGAAAACUUUCAGGUGUGAAAUUGCCAGAUACCCGACAUUCAUGGUAUGAUCUGCGCAUGGGCUUAAGAGAAAUAGCAGUGAAGCGGUUGUCGGAAACUUCUACGCAAGGACUUGACGAGUUUAUGAACGAGGUUAGAUGUAUUCACCGGCUUCUGCACCGAAAUCUUGUGAAGCUUCUGGGAUUCUGUGCUCAAAAACAUGAAAUCAUGUUGAUUUAUGAAUACAUGCCCAACAGAAGCCUUGAUACAUUUUUAUUUGAUGAGACCAAAAGUUCAAUGCUUGAUUGGACUAAACGAUUCCACAUCAUCAAUGGGAUCGCUCGAGGGCUUCUUUAUCUGCAUCAAGAUUCAUGCCUUCGCAUCAUACAUAGAGAUCUGAAAGCCGCCAAUAUUUUGUUAGACAAUGACAUGAACCCGAAGAUAUCAGAUUUUGGGCUUGCUAGAAGAUUUAAAGGAUACGAGACUCGGGUUAAGACAAAGAAUGUGGUUGGAACUUACGGCUACAUUCCUCCAGAGUAUGCAGUUCAUGGAGUUUUCUCUGUAAAAUCAGACGUGUUUAGCUUCGGUGUUUUAGUUCUGGAAAUAGUAAGUGGGAUGAAGAACCGAGAAUUUUCUUCUCACAAGCACCGUGACAACCUUCUUGGACAUGCAUGGAGACUAUAUAUGGAUGGCAAGUGUCUUGAUCUGGUUGGUGCACCUUUACUCGACUCAUGUGUUGUCUCUGAGGUACUCCUUUCAAUACACAUUGGUUUGUUAUGUGUGCAAAAUCAUGCAGAAGAUAGACCAACAAUGUCAUCUGUGGUAUUGAUGCUGGGUAAUGAUGGUGUAUUGUCUCAACCUAAAUCACUUGCAUUUUUUACGGAGCCUGAGCUCGACCUGUGUGCACACACGAGACAAGAACCUUCCGUCAAUAAUGUGACUAUUUCACUAACAGGUCGUUAG